AUGGAGAUCCUUCCUGUUGGUGCUGCGGGUUCUAACUGUGGCGCAGAAUACUGGAUGCCAAAUGACGAGCUCGAACAAGAUAGGUUAGACCUCCAACACGCUGUGUUCAACGAAUUACUACAAGGAAAGUUGGGACUCGCACCAGUCGAGAACCCGCAGUCAAUCCUUGACCUGGGUACAGGCACUGGCAUAUGGGCGAUAGAAGCAGCAACCCUGUGGCCCUCAGCAGAAGUCCUCGGCACCGACCUCAGCCCAAUACAACCAGAUUACGUGCCCGCCAACUGCCACUUCGAGGUCGACGACGCCGAGGACGACUGGAUCUACUCGCGGCCCUUCGACUACAUCCACCUGCGGCUCAUGUUCCACACCUUCAAGGACCACACGCGCGUGAUCCGCGCGGCGUACGACAACCUCGUGCCGGGGGGCUACGUCGAGUUCCAGGACUACUACUGCCGGCUGGGCUGCGUCGACGACACGAUGCGCGGCACGGCGCUCGAGCGCUGGACGCACAUGUACGUCGAAGGGGGUAGGCGGCUGGGGCGGGACAUGCUGGCGCCCAAGCGGUACCGGCAGUGGCUGACCGAGGCCGGGUUCGAGGACGUGACGGAGGAGAAGAGGGCGAUCCCCGGCAACGCGUGGCCGCGGGGCAAGGAGGCCAAGAUGAUGGGCGUCUGGCAGAUGACCAACUUCCUCGACGGCCUGCAGGCCGUGUCCAUGCGGAUCUUCACCAAGGGGCUGGGCAUGGCGCCCGAGGAGGUCGAGCUGUUCCUCGUGGACGUGCGCAAGGACAUCAAGAACCAUGGCAUCCAUUUUUAUUUUCCUACGUACAUCGUGUAUGGGAGGAAGCCAUUUGGAAAGGAGACGGAACGGGAGGGAGAGGCAACAGAGCAAGGAGCAGAGAGCUGA